UGGAGAAUUUGAGGACUUUUUAGUUGUAGAAGUUUCUGAUGUGUAGUUAAACAAGUCCCACCCAGUAAAGUAACCGUGUUGAUCCGUCCACAGACCUGACAUAACACAGCAUGUUGAAAGAGUAGGUUUGUCUGUGCAGUCCUCCCUUCUCAGGUUUAUUCAGGCCCAGCGAUGUGGACCCCAGCCCAUAAUCCUCCUGCAGACACACCUGUAGAGGAGAGUAUAAAGACCCGAGACUCAACUGUGUCAGACACGAAGCUCCGAGGAGUCUCUCCACAGCAGCUCUGCAAAGAAGCUCCACAGCUACCAGACCCACUCUGAAGAUGAGUCCCUCUGUCAGCCUGCUGCUGCUGCUCCUGCUCGGCCUCUCUCAGGCUCAUCCUCUCAUGGAGGAAAGAGGAGGAGGAGAGGGCCAGGUGGAGGAAGACCACACCAUCGAUAUCACCACCAGGAUUCUGACCGCAAACAACGGCAGCAAUGAGAUCCUGCUGGAAGGAGACAUCCUGCUUCCAAAAAGCAGAAAUGCCAUUAAAUGCCAGAGUUACCAGAGCUGCCUGUGGCAGAAAGACAACAACGGCCUGGUGACGAUUCCCUUCACCAUCAGCAGUGAGUACAGCAGCGGGGAAACGCAGCUGAUCAGAAAUGCCUUGCAGUCCUUCCACAGCCAGACUUGUGUCCGCUUUGUCGACCGUCAGAACCAGAAGGACUACAUCAGCAUCGAGAGCCAGAACGGAUGCUUCUCUCCUCUGGGCAGACAGGGAGGGAAACAGGUCCUGUCUCUCAACAGGCAGGGCUGCGUCUACUUUGGCGUCGUCCAGCACGAGGCCAACCACGCUCUGGGCUUCCAGCACGAGCAGACCAGGAGCGACCGCGACUACUACGUCAGGAUCAACUGGGAGAACAUCGACCCACAGAUGGCCUACAACUUCGACAAGCAGGACACCAACAACCUCAACACUCCCUACGACUACUCCUCCGUAAUGCACUAUGAAAGAACAGCCUUCUCCAUCAAUGGCAGGGAAACCAUCACCCCCAUCCCCAACCCCAACGUCCAGAUUGGCCAGAGGCAGGGCAUGUCCUACUGGGACAUCAGGAGGAUCAACCUGCUGUACGGCUGCUGAAAACACACGUUAGC